AUGAGGUCUCUCCUGUCAUUGGCCGCCCUCGUGGCUUCCGCAAGAGCUGCCGUCGAUAUCCUCCUGCCUCUAUAUGUCUACCCCAUCAACGACCUCGUGAAGCCAUACGAUGGCACCGUCGACUGGACAGCCGCCAUCGCAGCCAUCGAUGACCAUCCAGAUCUGACUUUUAAUGUCAUAAUCAACCCACUAAGCGGCCCGCCUUUCGCCAGCGAAGCCGGUAUCAAGAUCGACUGGGCCAAGUGGAUCGGCCAAAUCAACCAGCGCCCCAACACUGUGACCUUGGGCUACAUCUCGACUCUUGGAACCGUACAGACCAACCCCCGUGAUAUCUCGGUUGUCAAGCAAGGUGUCGACACCUACGCUGCUUGGACGACGGCAGAUGGUUGGGAUGGCGUCUCGUACGAUAUUCAUAUCGACGGCAUCUUCUUUGACGAAGUCAACACCGACUCGGCCCAACUCGACUACUACACGCAAGUGUCAAACUAUGCAAAGGCUGAAACUGGUAUCGUCGUCUUGAACCCCGGUGUUCCGGUCAAUACCGCCAGCUACUCGCUCUACGAUGUCGCCGAUGCCAUCUUGUCUAUCGAGACUUGCUACACCAGCGAUCCGAAUGCGCCGCAAGACCGAUGCCCGAGUGGCACUUAUACCCCCUUCACGCCUGCGUCAUUGAGCGCCUUGCCCUCUGGAGCAGCUCAGAAAGCCAAGUCUGCCGUUGUCGUUCACGACUUCUAUGACGACUGGGAGCCGUACCAGCCAGCUCCGCUGUCUACUUUGCAGACCGACAUCAACGCCAUCGUAGCACAGGGUGUGCAAAGCUUGUACAUCACGCAAUGGGGCUACAAUGAGAGCUUCACUCGAGGGCCGGCUAGUGGUCUUUCGUCUGGUCAGCCGCUAUGA